AUGUCAAGGAAUUAUGACUCUACAGGUUCUCUGAGUCGAAUAAUAGAUCAAACAUACACUUCACCUGUUAACACUUCACCAUCUCCAGUCCACACAAGUAUAUCACCUCAUAGAGGUAGUAUAUUACAUAGGGGUCAACAUCAACAACAAUCACAAGAGUCUAGAGAAGAAAUUGAAGAUGAAUUAGAAAAAGUGAAUAUUUUGGAAGCAUUUAAUGUUCUUAAAUUUAAAUCAAUAAAUUUAGAAAAUAAAGGUUCUGUAGCAAGAGAUCAUAUGGCCAAUGAAAGGACAUUCCUUGCAUGGCUUAGAACAUCCCUUGCCUUUAUCACUAUUGGUAUUGGUGUGACACAACUUGCAAGACUUGAAAGGAAAUCAGCGCUGGUCCAUGUUAUAGAUGGGUAUGUUAACCUCGAUGGACAGGUCAACUCGGCUAUUUUAAAGAUGGGGAAACCACUUGGAUUAAUAUUUAUAAUUUUGGGUAUUGUCACAUUAAUCUUUGGAUUCAUACGGUUUUUCAAAGUCCAAGCAAUGUUGACUAAGAACUAUUAUCCGGCUAGUAGAUUAUCUAUAAUUACAUUGAUUAUUACGAUAUUUGUUAUCAUUUUACUAACAUUUGGAAUGAUUGUUGCAUCAAGUUAA